AUGGCGACUUCGGAAGCUCCCCAGCCUCAAGGCUCUCAACAGCCUGUGGCUAUUGUGUGUGUAGGCAUGGCCGGCUCUGGCAAAACUACUUUCAUGCAACGAAUAAAUUCCUACCUGCAUUCGCAACAGGAACCACCAUAUGUCAUAAACCUCGACCCCGCAGUCCGAACUGUGCCCUUCGAUAGCAACAUCGACAUCCGUGACUCGGUCAACUACAAAGAGGUUAUGAAAUCCUACAACCUAGGCCCAAACGGCGGUAUCCUCACAUCUCUGAACCUUUUCGCGACAAAAAUAGACCAGAUUAUCAGCCUCCUCGAAAAGCGCACUGGUCCAGAUCCUGCAAAGCCAGACGCAAAACCCAUUAAAAAUAUCCUGGUCGACACUCCCGGUCAGAUCGAAGUCUUCGUAUGGAGCGCAUCCGGAAGCAUACUGCUGGAUUCGUUAGCAUCUUCAUUUCCGACAGUGAUUGCUUAUAUCAUCGACACCCCACGAACAACUUCGACUAGCACUUUCAUGAGCAAUAUGUUGUAUGCCUGCAGUAUUCUGUACAAGACGAAGCUUCCUAUGAUCCUGGUGAUGAACAAGACGGAUGUCAAGGAUGCGGAAUUUGCAAAAGAAUGGAUGACGGAUUUCGAUGCUUUCCAGGCCGCCUUAAGAGAGGAGGAGGAGGCUGGAAGCUUUGGAGGAAUGGAAGGGGAGGGGGUGGGAGGGGGAAGUGGAUAUAUGGGAUCGUUGCUAAAUAGCAUGAGUCUCGUGUUGGAGGAGUUCUACAGCCACCUAAGCGUUGUAGGUGUUAGCUCUAUGACCGGGGCUGGCAUCAGCGAAUUUUUUGAGGCCGUGGGCGAAAAAGCGAAGGAAUUUGAGACAGAUUACAAGCCGGAAUUAGAACGGAAGAGGAAGCAAAGAGCAGACGACAAAGUUGCGAAUAGGGAGAAGGAGUUGGGGAAGUUGAUGAAGGAUAUGGAUGUUUCCGGAAAGGCACCCACGCGAAGUGUGGAGCCUGAUAUGGAUACAUUGAGCGACCUCGAUGACGAAUCGGUAGAGGGUGAAGAAGAAGGAGAUGGUGCGGAUGGCUUGUCUGCAAGAUACAACAAGGCGCUUGAGGAAUCUGGUGGCCCGACCGGCGAAGACCACAGCUUCACCCGGUAUCUAAAGGCGAGUCAAAUGAAAAUGUAG